CCCCGGGGGUUCCGCGGCCUCAUGGAGGCGGCCAACGGGGCCCUGCCCGAGGGCGCGGCGGGGGGCUCCCGCGGCGGCACGGCCGCCCCCUCGGGCAAGAAGGAGGUGAAGGUCGUGAUCGUGGGGGACGGCGGGUGCGGGAAGACGUCGCUGCUGAUGGUGUACGCCAAGGGCGCCUUCCCCGAGCAGUACGCGCCGUCCGUCUUCGAGAAGUACACGACCAGCGUUACGGUGGGGAAAAAGGAGGUCACCCUGAAUUUGUACGAUACCGCAGGGCAGGAGGACUACGAUCGGCUACGACCACUUUCUUACCAGAACACAAACGUCAUAUUGAUUUGUUACGAUGUCAUGAACCCCACUAGCUAUGAGAACGUAACAGCUAAGUGGUAUCCUGAAGUGAAUCACUUCUGCCGGGGUGUCCCGCUCGUACUGAUCGGCUGCAAGACCGACCUUCGGAAAGACAAAGAACAGCUGCGCAAGCUCAGGGCUUCCAAGCAGGAACCCAUUACUUACAACCAGGGUGAAGCAGCUUGUCAGCAGAUUAAUGCAGAAAUUUAUCUGGAGUGCUCAGCAAAAUGUCGUGAAAACAUAGAAAACGUUUUUAAAGAAGCGACGACCAUUGCACUAAAUGCCAUGAAAAAAGCCAAGCGCCAAAAGAAGCAGAGAGUGUGCUCAGUGUUAUGAUCUGGACUGCAAGAGAACAUUGACUGCACAAGAGCAAAGUGAUUCAGAUUUUAAGAACAGUUUAACUUUAAAGACCUUUUAUUUUUUUUUGUUACAUGUUUGUAUUCUAUGAAAAAUUUUUAUUUUAAAAUUUUAAUUAUUUUUAGUAUUUUUGCACUUUUGUUGCACUGCUCUCACAAAGUCUUCAAAGUUCUUUAUCAAGGCUUACCAACGCUGUGUGCCUUCAUCCAUCUCACUUUUGCUCCUAACUGCAAACGACCCCCAGUCAGGUCUGGGACUUGCUAUUUAAAUUGCAAUGAACAGUGACUGUUACUGUAUGUUAAUCAGUGGUGGGUUUUUUAACUCUGCAGAAUAAUUGUGGCAUAUUAUAGCUACAAUUUACUGUCUUUUUCAAGCACAAAAAGCACAUCUUUUUAGAUGUGAUGUUAGAGCAGCUUAUCAGGCACCUUUGAAGAGACAGAAAUGAAGUUCUGUCUGUUGAAAUUAAUUUCCUUGGUAGCAGUGGUACGAGUUCGCCUGGAGCUGCCCCCAGGGUGCACAGAUGGAGCAUCCACUACUGUCCCUGCAGUAGUGGGGCUUUGCAGAGCUGCACCUGUAGAGUCUCCUUCAAGGACUGCUGCUGUAGUAGAAAGAGGUAUUUUAUCAAUGGAAACACAUUGGCUGCUCCAAUUCAGAAAUGGAAUAUCAUGGAAAAUAUUUACAGCACUCAAAGUUAGAAGUGCUCCAAGCAGCCACUAUGUGUAACAAUGUCAGUUUUACAAUAAACUUACACAGCUUAUUUAACACACGACAGAUGCAAAUACUGGUGCAUGCUAGGGGAAAUAUUAAACUCAUGUUCAUUCACUGAUGAAAUCAUCUCCACUGCUAUAAAUUAAAAUUUUCCCUUUUGUCAUGAA